GCCUGGCAGGACCGGAGCAUAGCCUACAGGACUUCUGAGGUGUAUAAACGCUCAGUACUUUCGUGGGGCUCGGGCUUUGCCUCCACGGCUCCUUGCAUCCUUCUUGGGGUCGGGCCUGCCUCGUUCCCAGGCCUUUGACACCUAUCACGGAAAGCCGGCGUCCUGCCGCACAAUGCCCCAGCUCGGACUUCUGCCCAGGAGGACCUGGGCUGCGCUGCUCAGCCAACUCCUGCGACCUCCCCGCGCUGCGUGCACUGGGGCUGUCAGUUGUCAUAGCCAGGUUGUGGAGGCAGUGUUAACAUCCCAAAUGAAAUCUCAUCCAGAGAAACCAAAUUUUAUUAUCAAGACCCCAAAGGGCACUAGGGAUCUUAGUCCCCAGCAGAUGGUUGUGAGGGAGAAAAUUCUUGAUGUGGUUGUCAGCUGCUUUAAACGUCAUGGAGCAAAGAGGUUGGAUACCCCAGCAUUUGAACUAAAGGAAAUGCUUGCUGAGAAGUAUGGAGAGGAGUCUGGGCUCAUCUAUGAACUGAAGGAUCAAGGUGGAGAGCUGUUGUCUCUUCGCUAUGACCUUACUGUCCCUUUUGCUCGCUAUCUGGCCAUGAAUAAAGUGAAGAAGAUGAAACGCUACCAUGUUGGAAAGGUGUGGCGGAGGGAGAGCCCAACCAUAGUCCAAGGGCGCUACAGGGAGUUCUGCCAGUGUGAUUUUGACAUUGCUGGUCAGUUUGACCCUAUGAUCCCUGAUGCAGAAUGUUUGAAGAUCAUGUGUGAAAUUCUAAGUGGGUUGCAGCUGGGGGACUUUCUCAUUAAGGUUAAUGACCGGCGGAUUGUGGAUGGAAUUUUUGCCAUUUGUGGUGUUCCUGAAAGCAACUUCCAUGCCAUCUGCUCCUCGAUAGACAAACUAGACAAGAUGUGUUGGAAAGAUGUGAGACAUGAGAUGGUGGCAAAGAAAGGCCUGGCUCCUGAGGUGGCUGAUCGAAUUGGGGACUAUGUCCAAUGUCAUGGUGGGGUGUCUCUGGUAGAGCAAAUGUUCCAGGAUCCCAGACUAUCCCAGAACAAGAAGGCCCUAGAGGGCUUGGAGGACCUGAAGCUGCUAUUUGAAUACCUGACUUUAUUAGGAAUCGCUGAGAAGGUCUCCUUUGACCUAAGCCUGGCUCGGGGCCUAAACUACUAUACAGGAGUAAUCUAUGAAGCAGUGCUGCUACAGACCCCAGUUCAGGCUGGAGGAGAGCAGCCUCUGAGCGUGGGCAGUGUGGCUGCUGGUGGACGCUAUGACGGGCUGGUGGGCAUGUUUGACCCAAAGGGCCACAAGGUACCAUGUGUGGGGCUCAGCAUUGGAGUAGAGCGAAUCUUCUACAUUGUGGAGCAGAGGAUGAAGUCUUUUGGUGAGAAGGUACGAACCACAGAGACCCAAGUAUUUGUGGCCACACCACAGAAGAACUUUCUCCAAGAACGGUUGAAGCUAAUUGCAGAGCUUUGGGAUGCUGGGAUCAAGACAGAGAUGCUAUACAAGAACAACCCUAAACUAUUAACCCAACUACACUAUUGUGAGAACAUGGGCAUUCCACUGGUGGUCAUUAUUGGUGAGCAAGAACUGAAGGAAGGGGUCAUCAAACUCCGUUCAGUGGCCAGCAGAGAGGAGGUGGUCAUUAAACGGGAAAAUCUUGUGGCUGAAAUUCAGAAGCGACUGUCUGAGUCUUGAUCCUUGCCUGAUUGCCAUCCACUGCUCUUUGGAGAAAAGGUUUCACCUAGGACUGAGUUCCUAAUGGACUUCACAACCGCUGGCCACGAUACGUGACAAGUAUUUUCUGCUUCCUCCAUCCUUUCUGGGUACAGAACUAUAAAAGGCCCUGAGGACUCCAGGGCUAGUGUAAGCAGCUAUUCUGCAUGGGUGCAGAUGGCUGGUAUGUGAAAGAGACAUGCUUUAGCUACAGAGGCAAAUUUGAAGUGCCGCUGAAUGCUGCCAAGAGGUGCUGAGAUGGUUGCUGUGAGCAAGGCUCUGGGAGAGUCACCUCAGGCUGAAGAUUCUGAACCACUGAGAUCAGAAGCCACAUACUAAGCCUUCCACUAUAGCUUUGGAACCAGUUUCUGCGAAUUUGUCCACAACUAGCUCUUGGUCUGUCCAGGGAGUUGCGGGGGGAAGCAAAGAGGGGCAAUGGCUGCUUUCUCCUUUGUUUGAGGACAGAGAUGCUAUACCAAGAGCAUGGCCGUGCCCAUAUUGUUCUGGCAUCUCUCUAGUCCAUCCACUAUUAGCAGGAUGGGGCUGCCUGUUUAGUCAUCUUGAACACUGAAUAGGUGAAUUGACAAGAUGGAGAUCUGAUCUUUUGAAAUUAUAGAUUCCUAUGCUGGAAUCACUGCUUCGACUGUUCUAUGCCCUGCUAUGGAGGCUGUUCUAGAAGUGGUUGGUUAAUAUGUUAAAUAAAAUAUUAAGUGUAGUAGUUUGGGUAA